CACAGGAAAAUAUUAUUGUAAAUCAAAUUUUGUAAUAUUUUUGUAGUUUUGUUAAUCGCGAUAUAUAGUUAAUACGGUUACAACGCGCUUAUUAAAUAAUUUUGUGAUUUUUUUUGGCGUGUUAACUGUUAGGGAGCAUAAAUUUGUUAUAUAGAACACAUUUUGAUCAUGAUCCGCACAAAACAUUUUGAUUGCAUCCUAUUUGGAAGUGGUUGAUUGAAAAUGUUUUGAAAACAUAUGCAGAAUCAGUCAUUAUCAAAAUGUCAUCACGACGCUCCGAGGUCGCUGGCCUUGCCAGCGCUUCCAAUGAGUGCCGUCUGCUGCUGAACGUAGCCCGGUACUACGGUGUUAUAUCGAAAAUCGUUGAUAUUCUGGACCAUUGUCUACCACCGCCAGUUAUCGAUUGUCUUCAAGUGAUUCACACGCCGGAAACUCAGUCCAUCGUAAUUUGUUAUGGCGAAAUUAUUGUUGAAGAGUGCUUAUCCGAACCAGAAACUGCAUUGGAGCAAGACAUUGCGAGGGAUGAGAAACUUGUGUUGCAAGAGGCAACGGAGGAGCCGAAUACGAUGAUUGCUCCACAGGCAAUUGAAGAACUAUCUGGUGAGACAAUUACUGAAGACCAUGUUGAAGAGAUGUUCUGUUUUAUUGAACAACCGGAAAAUGUGGCAGAUGCACUGGAAGAGGAUGAUCUCGGGUUUGAUGUUAUUGUUAUGGAUGAAAAAGUGGAGCCUGUCGAAAUGGUGGAUGGUGUUGACGAUUGUUUUAAUGUGGAUUCGAGUGAUGAUGAAACCGGUGUUUCGGAGUAUUAUGUAGAAUACCUACAGGAGGAAAAUUCAAUCGUGGAAGAAGCGACUGACUUGAAACAAACCAAGUCGAGCGUGGAGAAAACAGCAGUAAUAAAGAAUAACGGUGUCAUAAUUCGGUACAAAUGUCAAUUUGUUACGUGUGAUAAAAGGUAUCAGUUUGCCGGUGAAUAUGAUGAACAUCUUCGAAGAUGUCAUGCAGGCAUCAUAAAACCUCCGAUUGAGUUACAGUGUAAGCACAUCGAAUGCACCGCAUUGUUCAAUGACACUUACAAACUGUAUCUUCACCACAGAAAUCAUAAAAUGCAGCUUAAAGCUAAACCCAAAACACUUUUUCGCUGUGACCCAUGUCAAUCGACAUUCGAUACGACAGAGGAUCUUAAGAAACAUUUACGCAAACACGGGACAGUAUAUAAAAAGGGCGUCAAAACUAAAGUUAUGAGACUUUGUGAGUUUUGUACGGAAAUUCUCGAUCCAAAGAUUAACGAGUACAACGUACAUUGUUUGAACGUGCAUGGGCAUGCUCUAUAUAGUUGUUUCGUAUGCGGAAAAAAUUUCCAUCUUAUGGUGCAUCUUAGUGAGCACAUAAAAUCUGGCCAUGAUGCCGUAACGACUCAACAGCAUAUCAAUCAAUCUCUCUGGAGAAUGUUCCACAUAGACGGCUUCACGAUCAAGGAAUGUCGUAUUUGUUUUCGGCUAUUUGCUUCGCCAAAAUCAGAUCGUUUGCAUCGAGAACAUCACUUGAAAGAGCUUUCUCUGACCUGUACAAAUUGUGGUGGAAAACACUAUGAAAGCCAUUGCACUGAACCGCGUCCCAAGUAUGGGAACGUAUACGAAAAAGUUCAAUGCGAUCAAUGCCAACGGUGGAUGUCGAAAAAGAACAUUAAAGAACACAUGGCCACACAUACUAACGAGCGGUUGUACCCCUGUACGGUAUGCAAGAAAACAUUCAAAGUGAAACGAACCGCACAUCGACACAUUCAGAACCACAUUAACGCUCAGAAUAAACAGCGCAAAUGCUACGACUGCGACCAGGUGUUUGAGUCCGAAAGCUCUAUCCCGGAACAUUACCGGCUCGAACACCAGCACCUGACGCCGUACAACUGUCUGAUCUGCGGCAAAGGAUUCUAUCAGAAAAGGGAUCUGGGAGAUCACUCGCAUACUCAUUCGGAUGAAGAGCGCCGGCGAAUGUCGAUCCAGAAUCCGGUCGAACACUAUCAGCUAGGGAACGCACGGGUGUACGAGUGUACCCUAUGUCGGCGGGCUUUCUCGACCAAGCGAGCAACGGUGGCUCAUUUCAUCGUACACACUGAUCGGACCUUCGUUUGCGAGCAUUGCCAUAUGUCGUUUCGGGUGAAGAUGACUCUGGAAGAUCAUUUGAUGGAUGUCCAUAAAGUCAAAUCAUAGUUUGGAAAAAAUCGCACGCAAAUGGUUUUUAACUAUCAGUAUUGGCGCAAAUGUGGCACGUAUUUUAAGUUAACUGCAGUACAUUUUAAGGAAAAAUAAAUUUUAAUGCCAAUUCAA